UGUUUUCCCUCUCUCUCUCUCUCUCUCUCUCUCUCUCUCUCUCUCUCUCUCUCUCAGAUGGCAAACAAACCACCUGAAGAUCAAGGCGCAGACACCCUGAAAUACCAGACAUGGGUUUUGAGAGUUUCAAUCCACUGUGAAGGCUGCAAGAAGAAAGUCAAGAAAGUUCUUCAAAGCAUAGAAGGUGUUUAUGAGACCACUGUGGAUUCACAGCAGCACAAGGUUACAGUGACUGGCAACGUGGAGGCAGAUACCCUUAUCAAGAAGCUUUUGAGAUCAGGCAAACAUGCUGUGCUUUGGCCUCAGAAAAAGGAAAAGAAGUCUGGAAAAUCAAAGAAUAACAAGGACCAGAAAAAUAUUGAAGAAGAUGGUGAUGGUGAGCAAAAAAAUACAGACGGUGGCAAUGGUGGUAUUGGUAAAGAUACUGAUGGCGGUGACACAGAUAAAGAAGAUGAAGAAAGUGAGGAGGUUGGUGGAGAAAAUGUUGGAGGAAAUAAUGGUGGUGGUGGUGAUGGAGGGAAAAAGAAGAAAAAGAAGAAGAAGAAGAAAGGGCAAAAUGGUAAUUCUCUUAAUGGUGAUGGUGGCGGGGGCGGCAACGGUGACAGCGGUGAGAAUUUCGACGAUGUACUACCAGGCGGUGGUUCUCCUAUGUCACCUCAUGACAUGGCCCCUCCUAUGGCCGCGAUGAAUCUUAGCCCUCCACAUCAACAUAUGUACCCAUAUCCACCAAUGAAUUAUCCACCGCAAGUACCAUAUAGUAUGAGUUACAACAUGGCAUACCCUAGUGCUAGUAACGCUUCAUAUUAUGUACCUCCCAUGCAUGAUAAUAGAUACUCUCACCAUGGUAUCUAUGGGCCACCGCCACCGCCACCACUACCAUCUAAUCCAAUUUAUACACAUAGUGAUGAUGAUGAUGAGAGUGCUUGCUCAAUCAUGUGACAAAAUUGUGAGGAGUUGUUGGUAAUUAGGGUUGUUCCUAAGAAUUUAAGAGUAUAUGAGGAAGCAACUAAAUUUUGUAAAAAUGGACUAAGGUACGAGAGCUUAGUGUAAAAGUAGUGAGCAAUAAGAUGGGAAAUGGUUAAAGGUUUGGAAGGUUUUUAGUGGUUUGUCCUUAUCUAGCUUUAUUAACUUCUUUGUGUUAUUGCUUAAGUAAUUAAGCUAAUAGUUUGUAAUAUUUGGUUGUUUGUUGGACAUUUAAAAAAUCUUCCUUUCCCUCUCAA